CUGCUGAAACGUCUGUCAAACCUGUUAGCAUCAUCAUUCAUGGGAAAUUUACCAUGUAGAAACAGCGACGUGCUUUGUUCACACGCCUGACUUACCAACUGUCGUUACGUGUAGACAUCACAACGUUAAAUCUCUUGAAUAACCCUUAGCUAGCACGCUAGCAUCAAUAGCAUCGACCAUGGCGGCUGUUGACAGCUUUCAGUUUUUGUACAGAGAAAUUUCUAGGUCAUGCAGCUAUUACUUUGAACCCCUGGCCCUGGUCGGUGCUCUCUACACGGCCAGCAGGGCAGUUAUCCUCCUCAGAGACUGCUGCACGUUGGUCAGGGUGCAUUUUCUGCCAAGAAUGGUCCCGAGCAAGAGGCUGACCCAAAGAUAUGGCGAUUGGGCUGUCAUUUAUGGUGCAUCAGAGCCUGUGGCCAAAGCAUAUGCAGAGGAACUGGCCAGGCAUGGUAUCAACAUUAUCUUUAUCAGUCAGGACCAGACCUCUGUUAGAGACACAGCUGCAUCACUCUCCCAAAGCUACGGAGUGGAAACUGUUGUCGUCCUAGCUGACUUCUCUUUGGACCAGGCUGCAAGCAAGCCUAUCAAAGAAGCCAUGAGGGGUAAAGAUAUUGGCUUCCUGGUGAACUGUGUGGAUGAGUCUUUGGCUUCCCCUCACAGCCUGACUGAAGUGCCUGAGCUGGGCCUGUUGGAUUUGGUGAAGAAGAACGUUGCGGUCGCUACUCUGAUGACCCGGUUGGUGCUGCCGGGGAUGGUGGAGCGCAGCAGAGGAGCGGUGAUCAAUAUAUCAUCGGGUGCCUGCUGCAGACCUCUGCCUGGAAGAGUGACCCUCACUGCUUGCACUGGCUACCUGGAUCAUUUCUCAAGAGCCCUUCACCUCGAGUACAGCGGCAGAGGGAUCUUUGUGCAAAGUCUGAUUCCUUUCCAGAUAGCCUCAAAUGGGCAACAACCAUCAUCAUCAUCAUCAACACCUUCCUCAAGAGAGGGCUGGUUUACACCAAAGCCAGAGGUUUACGCUCACCACGCCAUCUCCACCCUGGGUGUCUCUAAUAGGACCACCGGCUACUGGCCUCAUACACUCCAGUAUGGACUGAUGAGGUGCAUUCCAGAGUGGAUUUGGGUUCUUGGAUCACGUAUGAUCACCACUUCAAGCUAAGAACUUACUGGAUCUUGCUGGUGUCAUGUAGAGUUGAAUUAUUUCUGCCAUUAGUUUAAAAUUGUCACACUCGUAUUCUCUGUGAAGGUUGGUCGUGUAGAGAUUUUCCUCUGUUUGUUUGAUAUUAACUACAAAGAAAGGUGCAGUGGAAUUUGCAUGAAAUAAUGAAUGAAUAUACGUUUAUUACUCCUCUGUUGCCGGACUAUGAUCUGACAACUCUGAGACAACCUUAACCAUAUGAUAGUUAUGCAACUCUUCAUAUGUACCUUUUGAACUAUUGGAUAAGAAAUUAUUUCAAAUCAGUCUGCUGCCAACGUGGACCAUAAAGGCCUGGCUCAUGAAAGAUAAAACUGAGUGUACAAUUAAUUUAUUCCAUAUUAAAGUACUGCUAAAUGCUAAGAUACUGGAUUCAAAAGCAAAUGUUAAACGUAAGAAUAAAGCAGUCUGCUGCCAUCAGUGAUUAGAAAUAAUAAUUCAGUAAACAAACACAUCAGUUGUUUUUUGUUUGACUGGUUCUAGUUCUUACCUGUUGUACUUUUCACUAGCAGACCACACCUAUAUGGCACAUGUACAAGGAACAAAUUUUACAGUAAGAACCAAACCCAGCAUCAUUUAAAUUUAAAGACACUGGCUGAUAUCUUGUGUAAAACAACUCCCCUAAAGGUAUUGGUGUUUUAGUGAAAAGCUGAUUUAAAUGAUUUCAUGUAAGAAACACAGUAACUGAAGGUGAGAAGGACUCGUUUUAUUGCUAAUUCUUCAUUGUGACCAAAGUAAAUUCAGAUAUGAAUAUAUUCUUGCUGUGUGAAUGUGCCUUUAGCUUAUCAGUGCACUGUUAUAUAUUCUGAAGAAGUGUGUUCGUGUGGUGGUGAAUGGGGGAUGAUAGCUCGGCUAGCUUGGCAGACGUGGUCUCCUUACUCAAGAGUUCGAGAUUCAAGCAUCUCCAGGGGUGAAUGUGAAAUGUGCUGAAGGGUGAGACUGUGAUGUUUUGUUUCAUCAGGAAACUAUUUGAAACUCCAUUUAGCAUACGUGGACAUGUUUAUAUUAAAAAUGUGAACAGAUUUGGAUUUAUUGAGUGAUUAAACAGUACAGUAUAUAAAAAAUAAACCAAUAAAACUCUCUCUCCAUUCA